AUGGCCACCACCUCCCUUUUCCUUCACACCCCAAGCUCCAACAAAACAUUCCCCAAACACCGCUACUCUCACCCAAACUCCACCUCCUCCUCCGUAACCGCCCAAUCAAAACCCGCUAAACAACACCUCCUCUCCCUCAUCUCCAACCAGGACCGCGGCCUCAAAACCCAAAACAACCCCACCAAACUAGCCUCCAUAAUCACCGCUAUCGACGAAUUGGCCGCCCUCGGCGCCGGCUCCGUAACCACCGGCGACUCCCUCACUAGCACGUGGCGGUUACUCUGGACAACGGAGAAAGAGCAGCUCUUCAUCAUCGAGAAGGCUUUCUUGUUCGGAACCAAAGCUGGUGAUGUAUUGCAAGUCAUAGAUGUUGACAAACUGACUCUGAACAAUGUAAUCACGUUUCCUCCCGAUGGAGUUUUCUUUGUAAGAUCCAAUAUCCAAGUCGCUUCGUCGCAGAGAGUGAACUUCAGAUUUACUAGCGCAGUGUUGCGUGGGAAGAAUUGGGAAAUACCAUUGCCACCAUUUGGACAGGGUUGGUUUGAUACUGUAUACCUGGACGAUGACCUUCGAGUUGUAAAGGAUAUCAGGGGAGACUAUUUAGUUGUCGACCGAGCUUCUUAUAGCUGGAAAGAAUGA